CAUCAUGUAUCGUUUCCUUCAGUGAUUCCGUCUGCAUUAAAGAAAAAAUCCGUAUUGGUAAUCUCACAUCUAUUGUCUAUUAUGUCUAUUAUCUCAUCAACACAGUAGUCGCUUUAUUUAAUCAUUCUGAAAUAAAAAACAAUAAGCUUUUUAUGUCACGUAAAAGGGGUAUUAAAGACAAGAUAUAUACAUGUAAUUAAAGAGCUGAAAGAGCUAUCGGUAGGAAUGUGUUUGCUAUUCAGCUUAAACAUAAAUUCUAGAUAACUGAAAUUAUAUUUGUUUCUAAAAUGACAUUAGUUAGUUGAUUAAACCACCAAUGAAAAUAUUACGUUCGCUGUUUGCCAUUAAUGGCCAUUUCCUUUGCAUAAAUUGUGAUGCUUUCAGAGGUAGUCAGGCGGUCUUUCACAUAAACAGUGCAUGUAUGACGUUCUAUCGUUCACAUGCACAUAUUUCAUUAUGUAACACCCAUGUGUUUAAGUGUUGUUGGCGGCGAGAUUAUGCUCGAAUCAAAAGAGUGAGAUAUUUUGCGCAACAGAUUUGAGACCACCAGUUCCCUUACGGCCGCCAAAGACAGUGAACGCAUCAAGGGGCGUGCUCCAUUGUCUCCCAACACGCGGGGUUCGGCGGCUAGCUGGUCUUUAGCUGCUUCCUGUGUUUACUACCUCGACUCAUCGAAUUUACUCUCCGUACUUUUUAAUUUUAAAGUACUCAAGUUAUUUAAAUAUUUGCCUGUAAGCCUACAGGCGGUUUUAAAGACAGAGCCCCGCUUUUAUCGCCGACGACAAAGGCACGUGUUUCUCUUAUUGAACGGAGUUAUCGCCGGUCUUAUCAGCUUCACUCUUCCACCGUGAAGGACAAAGUGGUGAACGAAAGGCCCCAAAUGGAGACACAACCAUUUUCUGUUGACUCCAAAGCCGCGGAGGCUGAGGCCAAUGGCUGCAUAGGCGAUGUGGAAGAGUCAAGGUUGGCUGAACCUGCAGCCAGGGCUGGAUGGAACAGUAAAGUGGAGUACUUCUUGGCCCAGGUGGGAUUCAGUGUUGGACUCGGGAAUGUCUGGAGGUUCCCAUAUUUGUGCCAUCAGAACGGAGGAGGUGCUUUUCUCCUUCUGUAUGUGGUGCUGAUGCUUCUCGUUGGCAUCCCCCUGUUCUUUCUGGAGCUUGCAGCUGGCCAGGCCAUAAGACAGGGAAGCAUUGGUGUGUGGAAGUACAUCUCCCCCAAGCUGGUGGGCAUCGGCUACUCCAGCUGUCUGGUCUGCUUCUUUGUUGCACUUUAUUACAAUGUGAUCCUUGCGUGGAGUCUCUUCUACUUGGGGAACUCAUUUCAGUCCCCAUUGCCAUGGAAGGAGUGUCCAGCGACUGGAAAUAUAACAGUAAGCGAAUGUAAAAUGAGCUCCCCCACGUCAUACUUUUGGUACCGCAAAGCUCUGGACAUCACCGACUCCAUUGAUGAGACUGGCACCUUCAAUCCUUACAUAGUGGCGUGUUUAUUUGCUGCCUGGACCAUCGUUUGCCUGGGAAUGUUUAAGGGGAUCAAGUCGUCUGUCAAGGUGAUGUAUUUUUCCUCCAUAUUCCCUUAUGUGGUUCUGUUCUGCUUCCUGGUGCGAGGACUGCUUCUGGAUGGAGCGAAAGAGGGAAUCACCUUCAUGUUCUAUCCAAAGCUUCAAAUCUGGGGAGACAUUCAAGUGUGGCGGCAGGCAGCGACUCAAGUGUUCUUUGCUCUGGGCUUGGGGUUUGGAUCCAUCAUUGCCUACUCUUCUUACAAUCCCAAAAACAACAAUUGCCAUCGUGAUGCCUUCACCGUCUCCUUCAUCAACUUCAUGACCUCAGUGCUGGCUACCCUGGUGGUCUUCGCUGUGCUUGGCUUCCGUGCCAAAAAUAAAGUGGCAGAAUGUGUGCUGAGCAAUGUGCAGCUUCUGUCAGAGCAGAUCAGCAGUGGUUUGGUGCCUCAAAGUCUGAUGCCAGACUUUAACUAUGCUGAUCCCGAGUCUGUGGUGCCACUUGACUACAGGGCUUGGUUUAUUCAACACGGAGGCUCUGUCCCUGGAAAUUUAACCGAUUGCGACCUGGAAAAGGAGAUGCAGAAGGGUGUGGAGGGAACGGGAUUGGCCUUCAUCGCCUUCACAGAGGCCAUAUCCCUGUUGCCAGGGAGCCCCUUCUGGUCCGCCCUGUUCUUCUUGAUGCUGCUUAACCUGGGACUCAGCACCAUGUUCGGAACCAUGGAGGGCAUCCUGGCGCCACUCACCGACAACUUCAAGACUUUGGGAAAUAACAAGACAAAACUCACAAUUUUCAGCUGCGUGGUUGGCUUCCUGAUCGGCCUGCUCUUCACCCAGCGCUGUGGAAACUACUUUGUGAUGAUGUUUGACGAUUACUCUGCCACCCUGCCUCUCAUCAUUGUGGUGGUGUUUGAAACCUUCAGUGUGGCCUGGCUGUACGGAGCCGACCGAUUCCUGGAUGACAUUGAGGGGAUGCUGGGCUGGCGUCCACACGUUGUCUACAAGUAUCUGUGGAAGUACAUUUGUCUUAUCGCGAUGCUUGUUCUGCUGGGAGCCACCAUGAUCCGCACCAUCAUCCAGACGCCGACAUACUUAUCAUGGAGCCAAACAAAGGCGAUGGAGGUGCCGCUGGAGUACCCAGGGUGGGCUCUGGCCGUUUUGUCUUUGCUGAUCAUAUUUGCCAUGAUGCCAGUUCCACUCUGUCUGAUCUAUUACGUCCUGCGGGAGAGAAGAGCAAAGAGGUCCAAGGAGGAGGGGAUCAGUGAGCGUGGACGACCAGUGCGACACUCCACUGUUAUGUCUGAACUGAACCGCAGGAACUGAACUGAUAUAGAAGUUACCCAAACACAUUCAAGCUGUCAAGUGACCAUUAUAAGAUUUCAAGGAAGCCAAAAGUGAAGCAGCAAAUUCAUUCUUUUCUCCAGGACGAUCUGAAUACCCGAAUCUGACAGGUAUCUCACUCAGAACAUGGACCUGAUCUUCACAACCAGCGUCUGCACCUCACCUUGCUUGAGCCCACACAUUCAGCCUCAGCAAGAAGCUGACAUUUGUCUGUGUGUUAUACACACAAUGUUACAUUCUCUCCCAGUAUGUGCCCACAGUCAGGAUCACAGACAAAUGACUGGGAAGUGUGACGGUGGGAACUUGGUACUUUCUUUGCUAAUAACCAAGGGCUGUUUUUAAACUUGGGAUUAUUUAUUCGACAUGUGCACCAGCGAUCUUUAGAAACCUCACCCUCGCUGAGUAACUCCAGUGAGUGGGUGAGCCUUUCAUCUCUCACACUAGUCAUAACAUUUAGACUGUGACUUUGACUCUGCUCCACUUGCAUAGGUUCUUGUCCAUAGAGGGGAGGGCAGGCAGGCAAAACUGUACUGUGCUGGUAGUUGUAAUGGUUUCAGGGAAGACAAAAAAAAAGACUUGACUCAUCCCACUAUCUCAGUCAAAAUAGCAAAAACAAUCGUUACAGUGCUGAGGGAACAAAGCAGAGGAUCAUUGCAAACAGCCAAUAUGUAGUACAUGUGAAACGUGUGUGGAGGUCACCUCCUUCCUGCGCUGCAGAUGCUGGAUCACAACAAUCAGUUGUGAGGAGUCUCCAUGGUAGCAAGCGCUCAUCUUUACUGAACUGGAAAUGUAACACCUUCUCAACCUGUGUUUGUAGUGAUGUGCUCUUGAGCCAUAAGGUCGACCAUUUUAUUUAUCACAUGUCCACCCACAUGGAUAUCUUUAUUUUUGAACAAUCUCACUAAUCUUCCUAUGAGACCUAAUUUAAGUUAUAUUUAAAAAUGUGUUUUUAAAAGUUGUUUUUCUGUAUUGUUAGCAAAUGAUUUUUUUGUUGCUGUCAGAUGUGUUUCUCAAAAAGGAAUGAAAACACUACUUUAAAUAUGCAUGAAAUAUGUAUGGUGGACUUUUUCAAAUUGUGAAAACACACAUUUUCUAUGAGCUUUCCUGUUUUU